GCGAGCUUACUGAACUUGUGCACUGCCACAUUCGUCCACGCAGCGCUCGGCGGGUACGGAUUUGGAUUUUCAAAGGGAGCGAGUGAGGCCAAUUUCUUGAAUAUCCAAAUCUCGACGGUUGGUUUUUCUCUUUCCCAAAGACAUCAUCAACCAACAGCAACAGAAAUCAACUAGCGACGACUCGACUCAACUCGACUCGCCUUCUUCCACCUGAUAUUUAAUCAGACUUUUGGAGCUGCAGGUGUGGCGGUUAUUGCAGUCGUCGAUCGUUUCCCAUCUGGCCCGAGCUCCUGCGUCAGCAACGUCAGUGACAUCUAGACUCCGGUCAUUCUGCACCAGUGAGCCAUCAAGCGCUGCAAGGUCCCCUCCACGCGGUCCACGCCCUUGACGCUUUCGAAACCAAGUGACACCACAAGCAUCCGCAACGAUACCCUCCCACUGCAGCAGUAAGGCCACUAGUUCGUUCUACACUAUCAGUAUACUACCUACGGUACCUGUGUGGUCACCCGCAUUCGCGGGCGCAUUCCAUUCGGGUUCCGCAACCUUUGCCCGUAAGGCACAAAUCCACCAAAGUCGCAAGUCGUAGGAUCGAUCCCCAACGAAAGAGUACAAACCCUUAGCCUUGUCGCCAUACCCGCGAUAGGGCGUCAUCAGAGAGGAAAGCGAGAAAAGAACACCAAAGAGUACAAACAAGAUGGAGGGUGGGCUCAAGAGAAAAGACACAACAAAAGGGCCGCCUUUGCGCAUCUUAUCGCUCGAUGGCGGAGGCGUUCGUGGUUAUUCCAUGUUCCUCAUCAUCCAGGAGUUGAUGCACCGCACCUUUGUCGAAAUCGAAGGCAGAGCACCGCGCCGCUCCGAGAUUCCCAAACCAUGCGACCACUUCGACCUUAUCGUCGGUACCGGCACUGGCGGCCUGAUUGCGAUUAUGCUUGGAAGGCUACGGCUCGAUCUGGAGACAUGCAAGGAACUCUAUGUGCGCCUUACCCGCAAGGUCUUUGAGACGGACAAGACCAUUGCCGGCAUUCCCUACCGAUCUACCAUAUUCAAGGCGACAAAGCUGGAGGAAGCCAUUCAGGACUGCGUGAGGGAACAUACCAUCAACGACAGGGAAGGAAACGACGGCGCUGUCUCGGAUACUUUCAGUCCUUUGAGUGCCGUCUCCCGCUCAAGCGCCGCCUCUUCUUAUCCCAGAAGACACGCCAGCAAUGCCAGUGUCGUUAGUUUUAGCGCAAGGAGUCCGAGCGCACAAUCAGCCAAACCGGCAUUCUCUUCGCGCUGGGGAAAUCCCCAUGCUCGUCUGUACGACGAGAGGGAGAACCGGACAAAAACUGCCGUGACGGCCAUGUACAAGGGAUCUCCUAGAAACGCGAAGCCAGCUGUGCUUCGCUCCUACGACUCGAGAAAGGAACCAGCCCCCGAAUUCGAUUGCACGAUUUGGCAAGCAGGCCGAGCCACCUGCGCUAUUGGGCUUGCCUUCAAGCCCAUACAGAUCGGCCAGUCUAUUUUUCAUGAUGAUGGUGCUGGCGUCUUCAACCCUUCCAUGUACGCCCUGGAUGAAGCGGUGGUUAACGAGUGGCCCGGACGGGAAGUUGGGGUAUUCGUCAGUAUUGGGACAGGAAAGCGGCCAAAGGGAAGUGAUAUGAACUCCACUCUCUGGUACGAGGGGUUUAUGGGCGAGUUCGCGGACGCACGGAGGAAGUUGAUUGCCAAGAUCGAGGGGUGCGAGAAGAUUCACGAGAUGAUGAAGAAGGAGCAUCUGGUAAAGCGUGGCGUCAACAUUGAGAACUACUACCGCUUCAACGUUGAGGUCGGCGUUGGCGAGUUUGGUAUGAACGAGUGGCACAGGUUAUCCGACAUCAGCACAAACACCAGGCGAUAUUUGCAGCGGGACGACGAGCAGAGAAUGGUUCAGGGCGCAUCGGCCAAGCUUGCAAAGAUCCACUUCGCAAAGCAGCGAUGGGAGCGUGCCACCAGCAACAGCACCGCACCCGGCCCUAUUCCCGAAUUGAUCAAGACUACACCCAGCAUUUCCAUGCCCCUAGCUGUCGAACUUCCUGGCGAUAUGCCAAUCUACCCUCCCCAGCGACUCGGCACGCCACCAAGCCGACAGUCCUACGAAUCCGGCUUCGACGCGCUUUCUGUCCCAGGACAUAGCGCUAAUGGUAUCAAUACUCCCUCGCCUAGAUCCUCAGCCGAGCGCGUUCACUCAGCAAAAAGCAGCAGCAGCCACCUAGCGCCCAGUCGUCCAGCCCCCGCCGUCCCUCCUCCAGCCUCAUUCGGGACCGACGACUCAGACAAACUCGUCGCCAUCGCCCCAACCCCCGCACAAUGGCGCAACGCUUCAGGGCAAGAUAAGAUCGCCAUCGUUACCGAGGACGACCAGCCCAGACACCCCUGGUAUCCUGGAUACCAGAACCAGCAGUACCAGCAGCAUUUCCAGUACCCGCCGAGGAUAGAACCGCCACCACUCCCGCCCAAGACGCCAUUGUCCUCGGCAGACGGACUGGUCUCGCCGAUUAGUCUCAAUGGCAGGCAGAAUACCCUGCCGGCUGCGUAUGUGCCGUAUCCGAUUGACGAUGACGAGGAGCCACCUGUUGUGAACAUGGCGAGGAAACCUAAUUAUAAUGUGAGGUGAAGAGAAGAUACAAGAUACGCAUGAUACCACGAGUGAGGAAUGAGAGGAGAGAGGAACACGCCAUGCCUGCCGGCGGGUGAUGGUGUAGUGGUGUAGUGUGGUUAGACACAAGCACUCAAAACAAACCAUUAGCCAUGUGUCACCGGGAACCGAUUGACUGGAUACGAAAUGGAGCGGGCAUUGGAAAGCCAACCUAAGCGAACAUUUCACACAAAACUUGAAGACGAGGAAAGUGGAGCAGAGAGAUGGAGAGACGGGGAGGGAUGCGAAAAAGAAAGGACGAGAAAAAUAUACCACACACACAACUAGUGGGUGAACGACGGCAAUACUCUUUGAUAUGACGUUAUGACACGGAAUACGCGAUGAUACCACUACUUACCAAUACCAAGUCUUUUUUUUUCAAAUCUAACUAUAUAUAAUACUCUAUACCACUACUUGCUGCAUCUGAGGUGCGGGUGGAUAGGGGUUGAUGCUGAGGAUGGAUACCAAUCCGCCCGCAACGAGAAGUGUAUUUAGCUACCAAGAAGAUGUGUAAUGACUUCUGCUUUUCAUGACUUUCUUGGUGGCCCCUCCGGCUCUAUUUCAGAUGCUGGCUUCGUCGGUAUAUUUCUAGUCUACGUAUUUCUCUAGUGUUUUCUUCUGGCGCGAGGGGAUGGUCACGGUGGCAGGAGAGGGAGGGGGGGCAAAUCGACUCUAGAAGACGACUGAAAAUGAGAAUGAAAGUGUUGUGACAGAAUUGCGCUUCAUUAAGAGCGCCAUCUGGAUGGGAUGUGGACCAUGACUGAUUAAGGAC